GCUCGACAACAACGACCUUGCAGCCAUCAGAACUGCAAUGUCAUCCGAUGACGAGGACUACAAGCUGGCUGUGGCGAACUCGCUUCGAUACACCGAUGCGGACGUUGCGCGGAAUAUCACGGCAGUCUCCAGCGAGCCCAUCGACCUCGUCUCGGACACAGAUGACGAUGACGACGACGAAGAUCUCAAACGUGCUAUUGCCCUAUCCUUGCAAGGAGACAGCAAUGAUAACCAUGUGCAGCCCCUCAAAGAGAGUACAGCGAUACCUACUCCCGUUAAAUCAGGUCUCAGCUCCAUGGGCAUGGAUCGAAAAGCCAUGGAAGAAGAGCGUCUCGCAAGGCUAGGAAAGCGGAAGCGCGAGUCGUCCCCAGAGCGACCUUCGAAACAGGCAUCAAAGACAAUACCGCCUCCUGCGUCAUCUACAGACACAACCUUACAGUAUCCUAUGGGGACUAUCAAACGGACAUUCGCCACAAAAUACCCUAGGACAGACGAUACGACCAUCGAUGAAGUCCUAGAAGCAGACACAGUUCGCACUGCAGUUAUAAGUUCCUUCAUGUGGGACUCUGAAUGGCUGUUCAAAAAGCUGGACCCCGUCAAGACCAAACAGUUAUGGAUCAUGAAUGCAAAAGGCAAAGACAUUCAGCAGAGAUGGCAAAAGGAAAUGGAAGCCAUGGGCGUACCGAAUCUAAAGAUUCAUUUUCCACCAAUGGAUGGCAUGAUACAAAGCAUGCACAGCAAGCUCAUGCUACUCUUCGGUCCGAAGAAGCUACGUAUUGUAAUACCGACUGCAAACAUGAUACAGACCGACUGGGGAGAGGUUGCGAAUGACUGGCAGCCUGGUGUCAUGGAAAACUCCAUCUUCCUCAUCGACCUGCCACGUAGGGGCAAUGAAACUACUUCUACCAAAGAGAACAUGACACGCUUUGGUCAAGAAUUAAUGUAUUUCUUGGAGAUGCAGAAAGUGCCAGAGAUGGUCUUGCAGGGUAUCUUGAACUUUGACUUUUCACAGACCAGUCACUUGGCUUUUGUUCAUUCCAUUGGCGGUUCUCAUAAGACCGAAUCAGAGCAUCCCACAGGCCUUCUAGGCCUCACAAGAGCCAUCCAGGAUUUGCAUCUUGACAACGUAGAGCAGAUGGAACUAGAUUACGCCGCUUCCUCGCUUGGUGCUAUCAAUGAUAGUUUCCUAUCACGCCUGUACCUUGCAGCAUGCGGGAGAUGCUUCGCAGCAGACACCGCUAUGGUUCCUGAUGUUCGUAAUCAUAUUCGGAUCUACUUCCCCACCAAUGAGACGGUAAAAAAAAGCAUCGGGGGUCCUGACUGCGGUGGUAUCAUCUCUUUGUCGCAGCAACGUUAUAACGCAGCCACAUUCCCAAGAGAGUGUCUCCGCGACUAUGAGUCACUGCGAGCAGGCAUGCUAUCUCAUAACAAAUUGCUGUUGGCACGCGGUCGUAAGAAGGAUGGACGGCCGGUUGGGUGGGUUUACGUCGGGUCGGCCAAUCUGUCGGAAUCGGCAUGGGGAGGGCAAAAAGUGAUCAAGGAUGGCAAGAUGGGUAGUCUCAACAUCAGGAACUGGGAAUGUGGUGUUGUCAUGACUGUGCCAGAUGACAGGCUGGCAGGGCUGGACAAGGACAAGGACAAAACGGUACCAAUGAGUGUAUUUGAAGGCACUGUGGAGAUUCCCUUUCGAACUCCUGGGGACGAAUAUGGAGCCAGACAGCCUUGGUUCUUCAGACCAGGGUGAGGGAUCAUCUGGCAGUGUUCGCAGUGGUGGGCAUGCACGAUUCGGCCGUUUUGAGGCACUAGUCUUGUCAGACGCGCCAUUACUCAUUGCAAAGGACAAAGUAGUAUCUAUUGAAGUCUCUGAACAUAGGGAUCGUGUACAUCAUGGCCAUUUACUACGUCAGCAGAAGCAGCUGCAGUGUCAUAAUGCAAUCCGGGGA